AUGGGAUACAAGGACUCGGAUCUUGUACCUUCUACGUAUAACAUAUAUGGGUUUAAUGGGGUAGCGUCCAAGAAGAAAGGGGAACUGACCGUGAAGAUUUUUGAUGGCGAGCUAGAGACGAAGGUCACAGUCUGUGUCGUGGAUGUUGAUUCUCCUUACAAUGCUCUCAUAGGGAAGCCUUGGAUACACGGAAUAAAAGGAGUCGCGUCAACAUAUCACCAGGCGAUAUGGUUCCCAAUGCCAAAUGGAAUCGGCGAGAUAAGAGGAGAUCUGAGAGAUGCAAAAGACUGUAUAACAAAAGACGUGCAUAAUUACGAGGAUAAGUUAAGAAAGAAGAUGGAACAAAGGGAGAAAUCCAGCGAAGAAAGAAGAGCCGAACAGCUGAUGGUAUUUACGAUAGAAUCUAGAAAAGAAUUGAGUGAAACGCAGGAGGAUGAGGAGGAAACUAAUGAAGAAAAAACUCAUAUCGAGGAAGAUAAUAACGCAACUCCAGAGGAAGGAGGCCAUGUCAAUCUAAAACAAGGUGGAAAGGCCAAGAAGGGGAAGGUGGCUGAAGGAAACGAGAUGACAAAGAAUAAAAAGGAAACUCCCACGACAAAGGAGAAACAAACUCCACGAGAAGGAGGGAAGGUGAACCGGUCAAGAAGCAAAAAGGCACAGGGACAAGAGGCAGAGGAAAGCGUUGAAAUGAAAAAUUCACAGAGUAAAUUAAAAGAAAGUCGCGAAGAGGAGGAGAUGGCCCGAUUAAAAGAUAAACUUUACCAGGAGAGGCGAAGGAAAGAGAAUCUGGUCAGGGAACGAAUAAGGUUAGAAAGGCAAAACAAAAAGAUGAUUAUCAGAAAUAAUCAUUUGAAAAGGAAGCAAACAGAGAGUAGUAUGGAGGACAUAUAUGAUGUGAGAGAAGCACGAACUAAAGAAAGACAUUAUGUGCAAAAACAAGAAGGCCUGGGGCGAGGUGAGCAAAAGGAGCGAGAAGAUUUGAAGAAGGCCAUAGAAAGCAGCAAAAGAGAAUUCAGAGAAAGGGAAUAUCGAAUGCAACAAUCAAUAGCAGUUACUCAAGGAAGAAACAAUAUCCCCAAGGAAAGGAGAGAAAGUGGUUUGCAAAUGGUAAACAAAUGCUCAAGGAAUAAACCGUGCAAGCCAGAGAUAGCAGUGUUAUUCUCAUUAAGGCAGAAAGAGAAUGAGAGCUUGCGAAGUCUUGUCGCGAGAUGGGAAGCAGUAUGCAAAGAAUUAAAGGCAAGGAUCUCGGAAGAGGAGUUGGUGCGAUCAUUUAUCUAUGCUUUAUCAACCGGACAACCGUUAUUCUCCGCACUAUUCAAGAUAAGAAAUGAAGUACGAAUGAAGGAGUUGAAAAACUACCAAGCCGAGCACAUUCGUAUGGAAGAAGAAUAG